AUGCUGGGAGAGCAGUUCGACUCCCUCCUCGACCGAUACGAGGACAUGCAGAUGCAGAUGGCGAUGCAAAUGUCGCUCGCGGAGAACCCGGACGCGUCGCUGGACCUCUCGUACGAGUCGCUGGUUGAUCUCGAGGACGUCAAGCGCACCGCGACGCCGGAGCAGGUGUCGAAGAUGAAGCGCCACGUGUACAAGGCCAAGACGGGACAGGCGGCUGCCACCGGCAAGUGCCUCAUUUGUCAGUCGGAGUACGAGGACAGGGACGCACAGAUAGAGCUGCCGUGCGGCCACCGGUUCCACUCGGACUGCGGCUCCCAGUGGCUGAGCGAGUACAGCCGGAACUGCCCCGUCUGCAAGGCUGACGCCGCCGAAGCUGCCGGAGCGGGGAAGGACAAGAGCGCAACGUAG